CUCGUCCCACUCCCUCGCUUCCGCAAGCGGAGAAAGAGAGAGAGAGAGAGCUGGAGGCAGACAAGUGAGGGAGGGAGGGGGCGAGAGAGGAGAGAGAAGCGGUGGGCUCUGCAGCGGCCUAGCUCGCGAUCCGGACGCCGAGCUGUUCCGGCCUUGGGAUCGGUCGCGCGGCUCUAUCGGGGAGGCUUAGGGUUCGCCCGGCGCGCGGGGCGCGAUGGCGAAGGGCGCGGUCGUCGGGACGGCGGUGGUGGUGUGCGCCGCGGCCGCCACCGCGGUUGGGGUGGCGGUGGUCGUGUCGCGGAGGCGGCGGCGCCGGCGGGAGGCGGAGGACGAGAGGAAGAGGAAGGCGGCGGCGGUGAUCGAGGAGGUGGAGCAGGCGUUCUCCACGCCCACCGCGCUGCUGCGCGGCAUCGCGGACGCCAUGGUGGUGGAGAUGGAGCGCUGCCUGCGAGCCGACCCGCACGCCCCGCUCAAGAUGCUCAUCAGCUACGUCGACAACCUCCCCACCGGGGAUGAGCAUGGACUGUUUUAUGCACUGGAUCUUGGCGGGACCAACUUUCGGGUCAUUCGGGUUCAACUUGGAGGAAGGGAGAAGCGUGUCGUGAAGCAACAAUACGAGGAGGUCUCCAUUCCGCCUCAUCUCAUGGUUGGGACUUCCACGGAGCUGUUUGAUUUCAUUGCUGCUGAGUUGGAAAAAUUUGUGGGGAUUGAAGGAGAGGAUUUCCACCUACCAGAUGGAAGGCAGAGAGACCUCGGUUUCACCUUUUCUUUCCCAGUGCACCAAACAUCAAUAUCAUCCGGUACUCUAAUUAAGUGGACCAAGGGCUUUUCCAUCAAUGGCACGGUCAACUGUGAUGUAUCCUACAUUAAACACAGUAUUGAUUUUAUUGAUUCUGAGAAGGUUGGAGAAGAUGUUGUGGGUGAAUUGACUAGGGCCAUGGAGAGGCAGGGUCUUGAUAUGAAAGUUACAGCCCUGGUUAAUGAUACUGUAGGCACAUUGGCUGGCGGGAGAUAUGUGGAUAAUGAUGUUGUUGCUGCUGUAAUAUUGGGCACCGGCACAAAUGCAGCUUAUGUGGAACAUGCAAAUGUGAUUCCUAAAUGGAACGGGCGACUGCCUAGAUCAGGGAAUAUGGUGAUCAACAUGGAAUGGGGAAACUUCAGGUCAGAUAAGCUUCCAAGAUCGGAGUAUGAUAAAGCCUUGGACUUUGAAAGUUUGAACCCUGGCGAGCAGAUAUAUGAAAAGAUGAUUUCUGGAAUGUAUCUUGGAGAAAUUGUUCGGAGGAUCCUGUUGAAACUGGCACAUGACGCCUCUUUGUUUGGGGAUGUUGUUCCACCAAAAUUGGAACAAUUAUUUAUACUGAGAACACCGGAUAUGUCAGCCAUGCAUCAUGACACCUCACAUGAUCUCAAACACCUGGGAGCUAAGCUGAAGGAUAUUCUGGGGGUUCCAGAUACUUCCCUCGAAGCAAGAUACAUUACUCUUCAUGUAUGUGACCUUGUCGCGGAGAGGGGUGCACGCUUGGCUGCUGCUAAAUGACUGGGCAAGAUACAUAUGGCAUUCUGAAGAAGCUGGGCAAGGACAAAUUGCUAAAUGACUUCAGCCAACAAAGGACUGUGGUUGCUAUGGAUGGUGGGUUAUAUGAGCAUUACAAGAAGUUCAGUUCCUGCCUAGAAGCAACACUUUCAGAUCUUCUCGGUGAGGAGGCUGCCUCAUCGGUUGUUGUCAAGUUGGCCAACGACGGCUCAGGAAUUGGCGCUGCGCUUCUUGCAGCCUCACACUCCCAGUAUGCUGCAUAGUCCUAGGAGCUCGGCUCCUAGUGUAACAUUUUUGUUUUCCGCAUUUUGCCCCUUCUGUCAAAGCUCCCCUCUGCGAUUCGCAUCUCUUUUUGCCUCUGCAGCGGGAUAUAGCUAGUAUGUCGCCAAUGAGUUUGCAGUAUAUCACUUCGAACAAGCAUUAGCAACUGCAGGGAAGUGGAAGCGGACGUCUGAGUGAAGCGGUUCCUUUCCUGCAAUUCUUUUUUCCCUACACCUUUAACUUUGUAUUAUGAUGCGAGAUAUCGCAAACUGACUAGUGCUUAUCUGUGUAAUCUUGUAUUUCAAAAUAAAGAGGGGUAUAAAAUUAUUCAAUCGUACUCA